GAUUAUAUUGGGAUUCGGAUAUCCCACCCCACGUGUUUAAGCUCGUUGGUUGGGUGGGUGAACCCUUACGCAGAAGAGUAGAACCUAACCCACUCAAUUUCAGAGGCUCACAAAUUUUCUUAUAGCGCCUCAUAUUUCGGAGCUUCUUAAUCUCCUUCCUCCAUUUCCUUUUUGAACAGGUUUGAGGGUUGGUGAAGAAGAUUAAAAGGGUUUUCUUUUCUGGGUAUAUAGAUGUGUUGAGAGUAAUGAACUUUUAUAUACUUUUCAAUAUAAAAGGUUCUUUGUUCCUAUUUGAAUCCAGAGUCGUUUGCUUAAGAGGCUAAAAUGCCAUCUAGCUUUCUCUCAAAGCUGAAUCUUUCUGUGUUUUCUGGUUUUGAGAAGGCAGUAUCUGGGAAACGAAAUUCUAUAAAUUCUAUUCUUGGAAGAGGGAAAUUGUUUUCUAGAAAUUUAGUAAAUCACCCGGGUGAGGCUCCUAAAACUAUGGCUGCUUCUAAUUCCAAAUCUCUAUUUGGUGAUGUUUAUGUUGAUGAUGUUAUCUCAAGUUGUGGGAAUGGAUUAGAGUUAUCAAAACCUACCGGAGUGUUUUUCAAUGAUAAAACUCGUAGUAGUUGCCAGAGAGCUAGCCUGAGCUUCAGAAGAAUGGAAUUGUCCAAUAGCCAACAACUAACUUGUAGCCACUUUCUUGCUGAUGUAACUAGGAAGAAUUGCAACACCAAUGUUGUUGUUGGGCCUCAGUUGAGGAAUAUCCAUACCUCUUCCUUAGCAUGCUACGCAGCUGGUGCCGCUCAUGAUGUGUCGUUUGAUGGAGGCUCUCGGGAUGAACAGCUUUCUAAUACUACCAUUUCACCUGAACAAACUCUUGUUGGAGACAGAAGUUUGAAGCUUCUUUCUGGAUCAUGUUACCUGCCUCAUCCGGAUAAGGAAGACACGGGUGGGGAAGAUGCUCACUUUAUUUGUGUAGAUGAACAAGCUAUUGGGGUAGCAGAUGGUGUUGGUGGUUGGGCAGAUGUUGGCGUGAAUGCUGGAUUGUUCGCUCGUGAACUUAUGUCUAACUCUGUUUCAGCCAUUCAUGAGGAGCCUAAGGGUUCUAUUGACCCAGCCAGAGUGUUGGAAAAGGCUCACUCAGGUACAAAAGCAAGGGGUUCUUCAACAGCUUGCAUCAUUACACUCACAGACAAGGAACUCCAUGCAAUUAACCUGGGAGAUAGUGGUUUCAUAGUAGUUAGAGAUGGAUGCACUAUUUUUCGAUCUCCAGUACAACAACACGGUUUCAACUUUACAUAUCAGUUAGAGAGUGGCACAGAUGGUGACCUACCGAGCUCUGGUCAGGUUUUCAGAAUUCCUGUUUCUUCGGGGGACGUUAUUAUUGCCGGAACUGAUGGGUUAUUUGACAACUUGUAUAAUAAUGAAGUUACUGCUGUUGUUGUGCACGCUGUAAGAGCUGGCCUAGAACCUCAGGUGACCGCUCAGAAGAUAGCUGCUUUGGCCCGCCAGAGAGCACUAGACAAAACCCGGCAGACACCGUUCUCAACAGCUGCUCAAGAAGCUGGGUUUCGUUAUUAUGGUGGUAAGCUUGACGACAUUACAGUUGUUGUGUCAUAUAUUUCAAGUUCAAUCAAUGCUUGAGAGCAAACUUUUUGAUAACAGUAGCAAAUACCAUAUCACUUGUAUAUUUCGUUUCUGCUUUAUGAUGGCAAGUCAAGUGGGGGCAUGAAAGCCCAUUUUAACAUUUCUUGCCUGAAACCAAGAGAAGGAUUAGUAAUGGCUUUUUCUAGUCUACAAUUUUUGUUUAAA